AUCGCAGGUCGGUCGGUGCACUUUUCUUCAGCCAUUGGGUGGAAUCACCGGGGAAGUUUUUAAAUGGCGCAUAAGUUACACUUACAAACCUGGAUAAGAUGACAGUUACAUCACAUACUAAUGAAAUUAGAAAGAAUCACUUGAUCUCCGGCGGAGCUAAGAGCAUGAGCCCAUUAAUUCUGCUAAUCGUUUGGUUUGGGGUCGUCGCGUGUCGGACGCCCGUGCUGUUCUGGCAUGGAUUUGCCAAUGCGUACACGGUAUCGUCAAUAACGCUAAUCAAGGAGAACCUGGAGACGCUCUACCCGGAUUUGUACAUCAAGGUGCUGCAAAUUGGGGAUACGGUCGUCGAGGACUUUGUGAACAGUAUUUCCAUGCAUCCGGAUCGGCAGAUCGAGAUCGCGUGUAAUGCCACGCAGAGUGACGAGCGUUUGCGAGACGGUUACGUCGGUAUCGGAUUUUCACAAGGGGGCCUCUUAUUGCGAGGGUUAGCGCAACGGUGCUCCCACCCGCCGAUGAAGAAGAUGAUCACCAUGGGAACGAUGCACCAGGGCGUCUACGGACUGCCGAAUUGCAACAUCUACUUCGUCUGUGACAUUAUCCGUCGACUUUACAGCCGACUGGCCUAUACCGAUUUCUGGCAGAAUUACUUCGUGCAGGCGACCUACUGGCACAAUCCGCUCGAUAUCGACAACUACAAGCGGCGGAACACCUUCCUCGCCGACAUCAACAACGAGAACCGUAUCAAUGGGACGUACAUCGACAACCUCAAUCGCCUCGAGAAGUUCGUCAUGGUAAAAUAUACGAAGGAGACCUUCGUCGUGCCGAGCGAGUCCGAGUGGUUCGGCUAUUACGAGACCGCCCUAGACAACCAGACGCAAACCCUCGAAAACUCGCAGCUGUACAUCGACGAUCGUCUGGGCCUACGGCGAAUGCACGACGAAGGCAAGCUCGACUUUCUGACCGUGCCGUGGGAGCACGUCGAGUUCCACUGGGACUGGUUUAAGGACAACAUCGUCGAUCGUUAUUUGUAAUCGAUAAAAGUACAAAAAAUUAAUGUAAGGCACUGGCGUGACGAGUCAGCUGCGCCUUGAACCUCGUCUUGUACUCGCAGACGGCGCACCGAAACUCCCUCGCGUGCGUCUUCCGGUGCCGCACCAGCUUGGACUUCUCCGUCGUUUUGUACUCGCAAUCGGCGCAAGUGUAUGGUUUCUCGCCGGUGUGGAUCAUGACGUGUCGCCUGAGGCCCUUCCGGUCGUAGCUGCAGUACUCACAGAUGUCGCAACGGAACGGUUUGAGAUCGGAUCGCGGCGCUUUUCCGACGACGUGCGUGCUAAGGUGCCGCUUGAGGUAGCUCUCGAACUUGCAGCUGAAAUCGCAGUCGGCGCACUUGUACGGCUUGUCCUCCGCGUGCGUUUGCAUGUGUCGCGCUAGCGUGUAGCGUUGGGCGAACGACAGAGCGCAGUGCUCGCACUUGUACGGUUUAUCCGCGUCGACGUGCUUGUUAGAAACGUGAUUGUGUAGCGCAUCUUUUCGAUUACUUCUGAACUCGCACUGGUCACAAGUGAACGGCUUCGAUUGAUUGUGCGUGAGCGAGUGACGUUUCAAGUUACGUAACCAUCUAAAACUACGAUCACAGUGAGUACAGUCGUACAAUUUUUUACUUUUGGCACUUGUGGUGUUUGACAUGUCGACGUCUUCGUCUUUAAUUAACAUAACCUCAGUCGUGACGGGUGGUGAUUCGAUAAAAUUGAUUAAGUCCUUAAAGAUGAGCGUUUUUGUUUUGGCACGGCUGCAAUACACACGAAUGUGUUUAUCGACGGUGUAGCAUUGGGACUGAAACGUGUACGCCGCGUUGAUGACUUGCAGACAAGCACUGCAAAUGACGGCGUCAAUUACAACAUUCACAUCCUGCAAGAGGCAAUUCAAGGCGCUUUUUGGAGACAGUCCGAUUACCUACCAAGCUAGGGGCGACAGACUGAAGUUUCGUGCCGAUGCUUACAACUUCAUCCGGCUCUGUGUGUUCCAAGUCGUAGUACUCUGAGGAAACCUUUUGUAGGCAAGUUCUGCACCAUUUGUCCUCCAUUUCUUCGAGUUUGUGAUAAACCAUCUCCAAAUUAAAAGAAAUUAAGUUAAUAAAACGUGUAACAAAUUAAGUAGUUCAAAUGACCACGACAUUUUACCUAUUAGUUUGUAACGUAAGAACUACUGUGAUAAUGUAUAUAAACUGUCAUAGAUGGCGCCACACUAACUUGCAGAAUACAGGGUGUUUUUUAGAUUAAUAAUGCUUUGACUUUCAUUUUUUUGUUAUUGUUGGUGGAAUGUGAACACCCUUCUAUAUAAAAUGAGCGGGGCGGCGGAGGCUAAAUGCUAUCCAAUCCAGAACAAAACUGCUAGUCCCAUGAUUUCGUACCUACCUUGUAUUUCAUGUGGCUCUUCUACCGUUAGGUGUCAAGACUCAAGGGCCACAGAAAAUAUGUCAUUUUUUAUUUAACAAACAACAAACAAACAAACAAUUCAGCAAUAAUAAGUAACUUAAACAACACGAAAACCUACGGAAAAACAUGAAAUGGACGACAACAAUCAACUUAUCUUUUGUAGAACAUGCAUGCAACAAUUAUCGAGACUCGAGUCGAUAAAUUUAGAUUCCACGCACUCGCCUAGCGAUGUUUCGCUUCGUCUGAAGUUGACGUCGUGCAUUCCCGAACUGGAUCUCGAUAACGACAGCUUGGGCGCGUUCAUAUGCAACGUGUGCGUGCUCUCCUUAAAUUUCGCCUACAACUUCAAGCAGCAAUGUUUGAAGACCGAGAGGGAUCUGCUGGAGAGGAGUGCGAUUCGCGUCAGGCUGGAUCCCGGUGACGUGGAGCUUGCGACGGAGGUCGACGGCCAAACGAAAUCGGAACUGUUGCGUUCGUUGCUGAACGGCUCGUGUCGCACGCAAAAGUGCUCCCUGUGCAAUUUCGUUUUUUAUCACAAAAAUGCUAAAUCGCCUCAGUGCCCUAAUUGCAAUCCAAGCAAGUCUGAGGGGUUCACUACAAGGAAACGGUGCAAACGUAAGAGUUAUGAGAACUACACAUGUGACAUUUGUGCCGAUGUUUUCUCAAGCAGCAAAGAUUUAGUUACCCACAAAGAAGUCCACGAGCAGAGAGUAGAAGAUGAUGUAAUUUGCCUCGAUUAAACUUGUAUUGUCUUUUUAAUAAAAUUAAUAUUGGGAGCAG